UACCAGCAGUUUGAGUUUGAGGUGAAGCUUAUUGUUACAGUUAGUUGAUAAUGUUGCUCAUCAAUGUGCUCACUUCUGUGUGUACGUGCGACAUAAAGCAGGUGAAUUCCACAACUGGUGUGUCUCCCUGGGGAAUGUGGAUGGAAGAUUUCCUUGUAGCAGUUGGGUGGAGACUAAUGAUGAGGUCAGUUUCUUUUCCUCACACUUCCAUGUGAGCACAGUUUUGUGCACAGCAGGCACACAGGGAGCAGACACCAGGACUGCCAGGAACAUUUCAGCCUCUCAUUCUGAAGUGAAAGUUUCUGCUGCUCAGAAUGCCUUACACCGAGUUACUGCGGCUCUGGAAUGAAUCUGUGCAGGCAGUGGAUGCCAACGACUGGGAAGGAGCUCUGGCAAAGCUCCAGCAGAUCCCGGAGCAGACUUCUCGCACACACUUCAACGCCGCAUCGGCCCACCUGGCUCUGGGACAGCUGGACAUGGCUCUCAGGUGUUUAGACCUCACCAUUGCCAAGGAUGAGCGGCUUGCUGUUGCCUUCUUCCAGAGAGCGGCCGUGAUGCUGCAGAUGGACAGGUCGGAGGAGGCUCUGUCAGACUGUAUCUGGGCACAGGAGCACAUGAGAGGGAACGCCGUCAUUGACUACAGACAGCUGGGACUGAGAUACAAACUCUACUACUGGCAGAUAUUAUAUAAUACAGCAGCUGCGUAUUGUCGGAUGGGCCAAUGGGAGCCAGCCAUGGACAAGCUGCUGUCAGCCACUCAGGACAGAGGACAAGGACGAGGGGGAAAUAUUGAGGUGGCUUUGAAGAGCGUUGAAAGGAGGGAGGUCCUGGACCCUCUGCUGGUACCAGUGGGGUCGGUGUUUCGUCCCAGAAAACAGGAAAUUGAGCAACUGCACCAAAGAGACUUCCUGGGGAAGGCAAAGGUGAUUUCUUCUAUGAUUCCUAAUGAUGAUUUUGGAGGCUUUGAACCUCUGAGGCAGCAGAAGCCUGGUUUCUAUGAGCCUAAGACAGACGGUGUCCAGGAGUCCCGAUACAUGCGUGUGCGGGCUCCUUACAUGGCUCGGGGCCCAGGACAGCUGACUGUCCCCGGAGGCUCCAUGGUGUUUUUAUUUGGAGAGGAGGACAGAGAUGGAAUGAUCAAUGUCAUCCAGGAUGGACAGAGAGGACUGCUGCCAGUGUCGCUACUUGAACCUGCAAAUGUCAAGAAAUCUAAGAAGGAGAAUCGCGUCCCCACUGGGAUCCCCCUCCCUCCGGAACACAAGCCACCGAGUCGCCCAGAGUCUCUGCCGAGAUCUCUGGUUCCUCCUCGUGAGAGUCCAUCCACAGAAACUCCACCUCCAUCCUACAACAAUGCCACCCACACACAGCCACCAGCCUCAGGGCCCCCCAGGUACACGGCCAACGCAGCAAGCAACAAGGCUGGCUCCCCUCAGCCAGCAGAGGAGGGAUCUGUGGUGGUGAAGGUUCACUACACCUACAACCUGGCUCUGUCCAUCCCUCUGGACACACCUUACCAUGAGCUGAAGGAGCGAAUCGCAGAGAAAGUGGGCCAAUCAGCAUCUCAGCUGCGGCUCAGACAUAAACAGUCUGGGUCCCGAGUUCUCUUGCCUCUGCCUGGAGCGGAGGAGUCGGGGCGCACAGUGCAGGAAGUGGCCGAGGCUGGCAGAGUCACCCUCUGGUGCCAAAGGGAAGACCCCCUGGCAAACCGUACUAUCCUCUACCAGAUGGUGGCGCUAUAUGACUAUGCUGCUGAGGGCCCUGAGGACUUAGAAUUCAGUGAAGGAGACACCAUUGAUAUCCUGUCUGAAGUAAAUCAGGAAUGGUUGGAGGGACACUGUGCAGGGAACAUCGGCAUCUUCCCUAGCUCCUUUGCCUACAAGGAGAACAAGAGCAUCAUUCAAGACUGAAAGUAGAUGUUUAUCAAUGCAGUAGUCUCUAAUAAACUCAUAAACCUGUAAAAAGCAGGCCCCGUGUUAACUUCAUGUUCAGUUAAAUUAUUUAUGUCUAAUAUUGUGCAACUUUCUAACUGUGGUGGCCUCUGAGGCUCACUGUGAAUCUCUACAUCUUUAAUCUCAAGGUGAUCAAUAUAUCUUUUCAUAGUUUGUCUGAAGCAAAAGUGUCACAUAGUUGAUACUCUGGAAAACAGACUUGUGACCCCACACGUCCAUCCCUGUUAUCUAUGACUGCUAUAUUUAUAUUAAACCUAUUGUACAGUAUUCCUUCAUUGAAAUUACACUACUGAAAAUUCUAAUCCUAAGGUAUUUUCUCAGUUUUAAGCCAUGUGAGUCAAUGUGUUUGGAUGUUUUUGUCUGAAAAAUAUUCAACUUGUUUGAGAAACUUCACUAUCUUCUGUUUCUUCAGAAACAUAUAUGUAUUUAACACAGGUUGCUGAACUUUCAGAUUCUCCAGUCUAAUUUGCUGCUCUUACUGAACAUUUAUUUAGUGUUUUUUUUUUCUCUCACUGAAGAUGUAAGUAAAUCACUUUUUUACUUACGGAGGCCCCAAGGGCCCAGAUGAAAAAUAAAUAUACUAAGCAUGU